UUUAUUCUAAACCGAGAUUGUCCUCUGUGAGUAAAUUUAUGUGCGUAUUUACUCAUUCUUUUUCGAGUAGAGACAAAAGCUACGUGCGCAGAAAUGGAUUGCGCGCGCAAAAUGUUUGAACCGCGCACGCGCCGUGUGAAGAAACGAGAGGCAUGGGGGAGAGGGAAUUUCUGAGCGAGUGAGUAUUGUGAGUAAAGAGAGAGGUCAGAGAGGGAGGACUCUGAUCAUUCCAGAACAGAGAUGCUAUAGAGACUUGUCAGAGAGACUUCGGAGGAGAGGCGUAAUUUUUGCGGCAUUUGCGCCGCUUGCGCGUGCUGUCAAAAUAUAUUUACUGUGCAUUCUCUAGUCUCUCCACCUUCUAUAUCUCUGAUGAGUCAUGAGCCUUCGGGAAACGCCUGAGGUAUCACACAAGUGAAUGAACCACUGCGCACAAAAUCGCAUUCGGCAACUACAGCGAAUUAAGAGAAAGCAAAAGAAAACACAACCAUCGCCAUAACAAUUAUACUUGACAUUGGUCGUAGAGUACUCCGUUUGAGGAAACUGGUGUCACUAACAACGGAAGAAGAAGAAAAAGUGUCGGAGUGCACGCGGGGCUCCUCGAACAGGAAUUCUCCUCCCUCUUCCUCCCCCUCGCCACACUUUCGCGUGUCACCGCUUGUGCUCGUGCCUGAUUUCACGUCCAAGAUCAUCCAAGAUCGAGCCGAGGAACGGGGUGACCCGUGCAGGCCGUACAUACGUGCGAGUCAUCGCGAGUCUUCGUCUCGUUACUCUCGUUGAGUCUCGUCUCAUCGAGUCUCGUGCGUCGAGAUUGGCAAGUCGAUAACGAGCUCGACGACCAAGCAUCAUCGAGUUCUCCCGAGCCGCGAUACGCGAGUGCACGACGAUAUGAUUCGUGGAAUUCGACGCGAUGCUCCACUCAAGUCACCGAGCAACAACACGGCGUAACAAGGAAUACGAGGAUUUUCCCGAUAGCUAGGCUGCACAGAAUUUUUACUGAUUGCGAGCGCCGGUCACGCGCCGAACAGCUGAAAUCCGUCGAGAUGGAGUCGGCAGGACAGAAUCAGCCACCCAACAAUAUCAAUGACGCUUCCGACACCAAGGGCAGCUGCUUGUUACUUCGCUAUGCCAGCCAAAAUUCCCUGGACGAGAGCUCACAAAAACAUAUUCCUCGUGAGAAUGGGAAGGAUAAACCACCAUACAGGAAUCAUCAUCACACAAAUCGAGCCUUUGAUGUCAUCAACGAGAUGAGAAAGAAAAAUUUACUCUGCGACGUCAUUCUCGUAGCGGACGGUGGUAUGGAAGUACCGGCUCACAAAAUGGUCCUCGCUGCGUGCAGUCCUUACUUUUAUGCUAUGUUUACAAGUUUUGAGGAGCGCGAUCAACAGAGGAUAACGUUGCAAGGCGUGGAUUAUUCGGCAUUAGAAUUAUUAGUAGAUUACGUUUACUCCGCCGAAGUCCACGUCACAGAGGAUAAUGUACAAGUGCUCCUUCCUGCUGCAAACUUGUUACAAUUGACAGAUGUACGAGACGCCUGUUGCGAUUUUUUACAGGCUCAAUUACAUCCGUCUAAUUGCCUUGGUAUUAGGGCGUUUGCGGAUCUGCAUGGGUGCCUCGAAUUGCUGUCGCACGCAGACAGUUACAUCGAACAGCAUUUUUCAGAAGUAGUUGACGCAGAAGAAUUUUUAACACUGGCACCCGAACAAGUGGCUAAACUUAUCUGUAGCGAUCGUUUAAUGGUACCUUCCGAAGAGAAAGUAUUCGAAUGCGUUAUUUCAUGGGUACAUCACGAUCUCGAAAAGAGGCAAAAUGAUUUGGCUUUGUUAAUGGAGCAUGUGCGCUUGCCUUUGCUUUCUCAAGAGUAUUUGGUACAACGUGUGGAAGAGGAACCACUCCUCAAGGCAAAUUUACAAUGCAAGGAUUUCUUGAUUGAAGCCUUAAAAUAUCAUUUACUGAAGGGUGAGCAAAAGUCAUUAUUCAAAACGCCGCGUACGAAACCAAGACAACCGAGAGGAUUACCCAAAGUAUUACUCGUUGUCGGCGGCCAAGCUCCAAAGGCAAUCAGAAGCGUCGAGUGCUACGACUUUAAAGAGGAAAGGUGGUAUCAAGUUUCUGAACUACCAACACGACGUUGCAGAGCUGGACUCUGUGUUCUCGGUGGACGCGUAUAUGCCGUUGGUGGAUUCAACGGAUCACUAAGAGUACGAACGGUUGAUAUUUAUGACGCCGCGGCAGAUCAGUGGUCACCUUGUCCUGAGAUGGAGGCAAGGAGAUCGACGCUCGGUGUAGCUGUACUCGGCAAUUGCGUUUAUGCUGUCGGUGGCUUCGAUGGUUCGACAGGAUUAAAUUCGGCUGAAGUUUACGAUCCGCGGACUCGCGAAUGGAGACCCAUAGCACGAAUGUCAACGCGACGUAGUAGUGUAGGAGUCGGCGUUGUCAAAGGAUUGCUUUACGCUGUUGGCGGCUACGAUGGAGAAUCUAGGCAAUGCCUUUCCAGUGUCGAAUGCUAUAAUCCCGAGAAGGAUCAAUGGAAACCUGUACCUGAAAUGUCCGCGCGUCGCAGCGGUGCAGGUGUUGGUGUUCUGGAUGGUAUUUUAUACGCGGUAGGUGGUCACGAUGGUCCACUAGUACGAAAAAGCGUAGAAGCAUUUAAUCCGGAGACAAAUCAGUGGACUCCUGUCAGUGAUAUGACACUAUGUCGUCGUAAUGCCGGUGUUGUGGCGUUAAACGGACUUUUAUACGUGGUGGGUGGAGACGACGGUUCCUCCAGUUUGGCAUCGGUAGAGGUGUAUUCUCCAAGAACCGAUACCUGGACUACUCUGCCGACUUGCAUGGGAGUUGGCCGUAGUUACGCAGGAGUGGCAAUCAUCGAUAAACCAAUGGCCCCCGCGACGACAAUGUGAGGUCUACAAUCCGCUGGG